UCAAGGAUAUCUUCCUCACCACAACCUUGUAGCUCUGAAGAUCAAACAUGGAUGAUCAAAGAGCCUUGAUAGCCCAAUCAAGUAGUACUAAACCCAGUAGUACUGGUAUACGGGUUUUGGCUGUGGAUGUUGAUGCAACAUGUCUUCAUAUUGUUGAAGUAAUGCUACAGGCACUCCAAUAUGAAGUUGUUCCUGUUAAAUAUGCAUCUGAUGCUUUGGCCAUUCUUCGGGAAAGACAAGGAGGAUUUGAUAUCGUUCUAAUGAAUCUUCACAUGCUUGAGAUGGAUGGAAUUGUCCUCCUUGAGCACGUUGAGGUUGAAUUUAAGAUACCUGUUGUUACGAUGUCUACCAAUGAUAAAGAGGUUGUUGCAUCAAGAUGUUUGGAAAGUGGUGCUUCAUUUUAUCUUACAAAACCUUUAAUUAAAAGCGAUCUAAGUAACCUUUGGCAGUAUGUAUACCUAAAGAAACACAAUGAAAAAAAUGGUAGUUGAGCGCAUAGGUAGUGAUUUAGAGUUACCAACAUCCAAAAAGGUAUCGAAGGGAGAUAUUGAGUGUGCAUCCUCUGUUAAUGAAAUCAAUUUGAGGCAAGAAUCAUGGAAAAAAUCUUCAAAAAAGAAGAAUCAAAGUGAGGGGGGAAAUAAAGAA